AUGUGCAACUUUCUCCAAAGAGAGAGGAGAAACUCCGAAGGAGUGAGUCAGUCGGCAGCCUGAAUCCCCUCCCUCCCUUUACUCGGGAUGUCUGGCAACUUGGGGACAGCGACCUGGACCCUCUUCCUCCUCCUCCUCCUCCUCCUCCUCGCGCCGGGCUGGGUCGAACCACAGGGCUGCACGUACCCCUGCCAGUGUCCCUCCCAGCCUCUGCAGUGCCCUGCCGGCACCAGCCACGUCCUGGAUGCCUGCGGCUGCUGCAAGGUGUGUGCCAGGCAGCUCGGCGAGCUCUGCUCCCUGCAGAAACCCUGCGACCAUCACAAGGGCCUCUACUGCGACUUCUCCAAAAUCCACAGAGGCAGCGGCAUCUGCUUAGCUCACGAGGGCGCGACUUGUGACCUUCUGGGCAAGAUCUACCACAACGGGGAGAGCUUCCAGCCCACCUGCAAGCUGCAGUGCGUCUGCAUGGACGGGGCCAUCGGCUGCAUCCCCCUCUGCUCCGACGCCCUGCGGCUGCCGUCCCCCGAGUGCCCCAACCCCCGGCGGGUGAAGUUUCGCAACAAGUGCUGCGAAGAGUGGAUCUGCGAGGAGGGCGCCAAGGAAAACCGCUUCGAAACGGCCAUGGCGGUUUUCAGAGAGGAUCCAGCGCACAAGCCGGAGCUGAAUAACCUGCAGGAGAACUGCUUAGUGCAGACCACGGAGUGGAGUGCUUGCUCCAAGAGCUGCGGCAUGGGCAUCUCUGCCCGCGUAACCAACGACAACCCCCAGUGCCGCCUGGAAAAAGAGACCCGGCUCUGCAUGGUCCGGCCCUGCGACUUUCCUGUGGAGAAAACCAAGAAGGGGAAAAAAUGUGUGCGGACCCCAAAGCCACGCCAGAGCCUGCGCUUCGAGUUUUCGGGCUGCACCAGCACCCAUUCGUACCGGCCCAA